GGCAACACUGCUACUAAAUGUCAAACUGUCUGCGGGAAUUUCGGUGAUACAAACUGAAUUUGUUGUUUUGAUGUUAAUCAAUAAAAUUGAUGUACCUACACGGAGAAAAUACUUGAACCCUUUAUGCAAUCUUUUGAUGUAGAUUUUACGCUAAUAGAAAUUGCAUGUUAAGGAAUUUUGUUAAAUAGGAACUUGUGGCAAUGGCAACAGCUGUAGCUAAUAAUCAGAAAAAGUCAGUGAGCUCGAACAAUGCACCCACAGGAGGAGUGCGUAAAAAAUCUGGACCAAAGUUUGAACUUUCGGAAGAGCAGAGGCGCGACAUAAAAGAAGCAUUCGAUCUAUUUGAUACAGAAAACACAGGAAAAAUAGACUCGAAGGAAUUGAAAGUUGCGAUAAGAGCACUAGGUUUUGAGCCAAAGAAAGAGGAAAUCAAGAAAAUGAUUGCAGAAAUAGAUAAGGGUGAUGGAAAAGUAUCCUUUGAGGACUUUCUUGAUUUAAUGACUGUAAAAAUGGCAGAGAAAGAUACCAAAGAAGAAAUAAUGAAAGCUUUUAAGCUUUUUGAUGAUGAUGAAACAGGUAAAAUAUCAUUUAAAAAUCUUAAAAGAGUAGCAAAGGAACUUGGAGAAAACUUAACUGAUGAAGAACUUCAUGAGAUGAUAGAUGAGGCAGAUAGAGAUGGAGAUGGUGAAAUAAAUCAAGAGGAGUUUCUGCGGAUUAUGAAAAAAACAAGCCUGUAUUAAUAAAAUUGCACAAAUUAUGCACUUAUUAUAGUUUAGGUAAUCUAAUCAUAAUAUAUUGCAAAGGUACAAGAUGUCUAUUGUCUAUGUAGUCAACCUUUCAGUUUUGUUAUCAGGGUAUUGUGUUGUAACUGGUUUCUUAAUAUUUUAUAAAUGUUGUUCUAAUAUUUAAUUAAUAUCCAGAUGGCUUGAGAACAUAUUUUUUUAUUGGACAUUUUGAAAAUAGACUCCUAUUUUCUUUUAUGUUCAUAGUUUGUAACACUUCCCCCAUAUUAAUAAACAAGGACUAAGGCUUUGACUAGUUACACCAUGUUUUGUUCAUAUCACUCGAAUGACAUAUUUUGGCAUUCAAUGAACAGAGACAAAACAUGAAGUAAUCAAUCCAAAAAGAUUCUGCAUUUAUAAAUACGGGGGUAGUUGUUGUUUUGCCAUUGCUGUCAUUAUAAACCACUUUUUAGGGUUCCGUAGUCCUGACAAGGAACCCUUAUAGUUUUGUCAUGUCCAUCUGUCCGUCCCCAGUUUUGCUUGGAGACUUUUAGCACUAGAGAGCUGUAAUUUUGUGCAGUUUAUAUAUCGAUUAUGCCAAUAUAAUGGUAGGAUUGAAAAACCUGGAAAAAUUUAUGAUAAUAGUGCUUUUCAUGAAAUUUUAAGGAAAACUAUAACGGUUAAGAUAGAUUUGUUACUUAAAGAGUAAUAGUCAUUCAACUUUGGUUAAAGAGAAUUUCUUACCUAUUGAAAAUUCCUUAGAAGAAAACAUUAAUGGUGGCAUAGAUGGAGUUAUUGUAGUGUAAAACCUUGCAUUGCAACAAAAUAAUAUAAAACUGUUUAAAAACCACAAUAAAAUAUCAUUAGUUUCACAACACUAGAGUGAGUACCAAGGGCAACGGAUUUUGUGCCGCGCUACCUUUACGUUUUUAUAAAAAGUAUAUAAUCACUUGAAAAUAUCAAUACCCGGUGACGCUGUAAAGGUCAUCUGACCAACAGCAUACACACUCAAAAAAAAAGUAGAGGAUGAUUGCUACAUAUGAAGCUUUUAGUCAGUAAGAGUCUGACAUAACCUUGCAGCCGGCUGUAAGGUAUCCAUGACGAUUUUAAAUCCGCUCCCCUGCUUGGGAGGAAACAAAAAAAAUCGGCGAUUAUCCUUUGUACUUAAAAAAAUAAUAAUAGGGGAAACUACCCAAUCAUUGGCACUCUUCCUAUUAUUGGUACUUUUGAGUUUAGUUCGAAAAAACCAGGAAACAAUAGAUUGUAGGAAUAAUGCUGCCAAUUUUCAAAUUUCGUAACCAUACUAGGUUUUUCUUUUUCAAAUGUAACGACCUUGAAUAAUCUAUCGUCUUCUUGUUUUUUUCGAAUUAAACUCAAAAGUGCCAAUAAUAGGACGAGUGCCAAUGAUUGGGUGGUUUCCCUUAUCUAAUUGAUUUUGAGUUUGAGAUGCAGUUUGACUUUGAUUUGGGUAUUUAGUUCAGAUACGUAGAUUGAUAUAGAAAAUAAAGACUCCUGCUCAAAUAUAUUGUGGCAACUACGGAACCCUACACUGCGCGUGGCACGACACGCACUUUGCCGGGUUUUAUAAAUCUGGAAAUUAUUAAAAAAACUUUUUGUGUGUUUCAAUGAAAAUGCAAUGAACAUAAGCAUAUUUUUGUUGCUUUAUUGGAAUUUUGUUUAAAAUGGGUUCCUACAUCUUUGUUUUUAGUGUUUAUCUUUUAUUGUAUAAAUAUUUCUAUUCAUAUUUUAUCACAAAAUAAUUUAACAUUUUAAGGCACAAUGUUUAUAUAUAUAUUUAGGAAUGAAAAGGAAUUAAGAAAAAAUAUCAAAUGUUUGUGUAACUUUAUAGCAAAGCUUUAAAGCUAGUAGCAUAGUUUGAUGUUGCUUUGUGAAGGCUUUUUUUAAGAUGAGAGCUUUAAAUAAAAUAUUUCCAAAUCAGUAUUCUCAUAUCAGUAAUAUUCUGAUUGCAGCAUUUGCCAUUGUCGUAUUGUUGUAAAUAAAUAUAAAUUAAUGCCAAACUUAAACCAGUACAUAUCUAUUUUUAUGUAAUGCAAAGUUAAGUUGAAUGCAAGAGAUGUCAUGUAAUAGGACUUAAUAAACAUGAAGGAAAAC